GCGAUUUCUCCGAUUUUGGAGUAGUAAUUGUUAUUCCCGGAAGAAUCGUAGCCGACAUAGAAAGCAAUAUGCACUUUUGUAAUUUUGCAAUUCUCUUUGCGGGUUUUCGAUGAUUCCUUUACGCUUAGUACGUCGAAAUGCUUCUACAAAUCAACAUCGAGAAAUUGAUCUUCCAAUGGUUAGGGGUCCUCGUCUACCUGGGUCUUGUGUCUUCAAGAAGCGCGGAACAUCUGGUCCAUGAUGAAAAUUCACGGUUGAAUCUCUACAAUUCCUUUGGGACUCAGGAACUCGCCAACACGGUGAAAUCCUUCCAAGAAGGUAACACCUUGACGGACAAAUUUAACAAGUGGACUAAGACUCUUGAACAGGACAAGAUGCGCCAGCCGAGUACAGGGAAGCCCAAAGAAGACAUCAACGAGGUCCUGAAGCCAAUCCUGGAAUCCAUAAUAGGACAAAUUGAUAAUGAGUUCAGAAAAAUCGACAGGAGUAAAGAUCAGACAAAAUAUAGUUGGUUGUCCCGUCAAAAGUUUCAUAAGGAUGUUUUCAGACUUAUGGAAAUUCUUGAGAAAAAUCGUGAAAAGCUUCUUCAUGGUGGUCACGAUAGCAUCUCUGUGGUUCUUCCAAAGACAGAAGAUAAAUGGAAUUUUUUUAAAGAUCCUCACCAACUUGAGCCUCUUAAGACUAAGAACAAUAUCAUCUCCUUCACAAAGUCUAUUAGAAGUCAAUUUAACAAAGAACCUAUUCCUCAUGUUAUCGAUGAGAAGAUUCGAUUUCAAAACUCAAAUAGCAGUAUGAAAUCCCGUCGUGUCCCAGCUGCAGUUUCUAAAGACAUAAGCAAAGAAAAUGUAGAAGAUCCUGGCAAAGAGAAGGCACACCGCAGAGUACUUACUGUACAGUUAAAAGUCAAAGUUCCUGAGGCACAUAACAAAACUGUGGAAAAUGGUACAUCCUUUCAUACUUCAUACCUUCAUGAAGAUAAUAAGGAUAAAGUCGGUACUAUCCUCCCAAGUGAUUUGAAUUUACAUAGAAAAUUCAAGUCCGAACUUCAUUGCAAAUCCCUUAAAGGAUUUAGUACCUGCACUACAAAUGGUACCUUAUCAAAACAAAUAAAGCCAAUUCGACUACUGGUUCAAAUUUCAAGGAAGAAACGUCAGUUACAAGAUGAGAUACAGGAUAUGUCUUCAACGUACGAUAAAAUGAAACAUGGUAAAUUUUACAUCAGAAGGAUUAUAAGGAAAAAGCAUGUACAGCGCGUGGAUCAUCUUGAGAACGAGGAACACGAUUCAAAUGACUCUUCUGAGACAACAACAGCCAAUUUAGUCUCUGUCACUAAGGACAGUGUAGAGUCAGUUGUAACUGUUCCUGAGGAUGGGGUAUCACAUUUCUCUGUGCAUGAUGCCUCAAAGCCGGAUGAUGACGAAACAAACGAGAGUGAAGAUGGGGUAGAUGAACAAGAGGAAGAGGAAGAUCCAGGCUCCAGAGGAUACCUCUCGCCCUCUAAGUUUUCAAGAAUUCGAAAAAAUCUAAGCGACAUUACAGACGAUUCGAGGAUGCUAGCCUUCGUCGGCAGCCUUGAAGAAUUUAAUCUAGAAGAAGUCUCACCAGGUCCAUUACACAAGAAACUCCACCGCAAAGAACAUGGAAUACUUAGCUUGUCAAAGCAGGACACACUUGAUCUAGAGCCAAUAGAAAAUUCCAUAAAUCAUAUGUUCACAUCAGAAACAACAGAGGCAAAUGUCUUCUCAUCGAUGAAUAGCACCAGAGUCAAAGACGACUACGAUAUAACUAAGAACGAAAUCAUAUGGAGAAAAAACAGAACUCCUUCUACCACAGAAAGACUGCUGGGCGAAAUUGAGAAACUCCUUGAGGGGAUCGAGGAAGAGUUUCGACAAAAUAUUUCGCUCACAAAACAAACAUUGGAAACUGGAAAUUUAUCCAAGGACUCUGUAAUCCCAAGAGAGAUCACUUUGGUCAGACGCAAAGGUAGGAAGGAGAGGAUUCUUGAAAAAUCCAAAUUCCUGAAGAGCAGUACUAAUAAAAAGAAGCUACAGAAGAACUUCAAGGAAAAUAUGAAAACUCCCAAACAACAAAUAAACAAUGAUAUUAAAAGAGUUUCCAGAAGACGUAAAUACAUUGGUAGAUAUAAGAGAAGUCCAAAAGUGCCGAUGAUGCAUAAUGUUAAGCAUAAAUUUAGUUCAUAUUCCAAAAAGCAGAGAACAAAGUUCAAAGAUCAAAGGAUACGUGCAAGUAAAAUGUAUGGAAAUCAUUUAUGAUAUACUGAAUGAAAAUGAUAUACUUGCUUACACUCACCUAAAAUUCUCAUUUCACUUGCUCGUGUGAUCUAUGAUGGAACACGAAUGAGAUUCCACUGGACCAACAUUGUCUCAAUGAUAAAUCUGGCAGGGUACGUGGAUUGUGAGCGUGUCUCCAGUCAGAUAAAUCAGAAUUACAAUCAGUAUUCUCAGGUGGACCCUUCACCUCUACCCCAUUAACGCAUCUCUUACACUUGAACCUGUCAAUUAUAAAAAAUCAUGUAUCAUCGCUGCAUUGCUUGACCAAGAACAGAUGAAAGAAAUGACUAACUUUGCAUGGGUAUCAGAAAUCGUAUUUUCCUCAAGACUAAAAAGGUCACGAAGGUCAUUCAAAGUGAAAUGCCUAGCAACGUCGUCUUCCUGAUCAACGACAGUAGAACUUAGUGCUUUCUUAUGCGCUUGUCUUUGAAAUAUCUUCUCUUCGAUGGUCCCAGUCUAUUUAACGCAAUAAAAAAUGUCAGGAAAUUUAA